UUUGUGAUAGAUUUUGACAUGAGAUUCAGAAAAUAACAUCAUAUUUAACGCUUUCCUUUUCAUUCCUAUUUCUUUUUUUUGGGGGGAGGGGGUUGGACCCCCAUCUGUACGUUUUUUUGUAUGUUUUUCAAUGCAUCAUAAAAUUCUGCAGUACUUUUUUUUCAUAUUUGUGAUAUUGAUUUCGACUUCAUGUGUAAACAUGAGCACUGGAGUCUCAAGCUUAAAAACUGUAGUAUGCAUUCAUUAUCUUUUUAUUGACAAUGCUGUCCAUUAUAAUAAUGGACAGCAUUGUCAACUCUAAUUUAAAAAAAUGCUUUAUAUGGUCAAGAGCCUUUGUUUUCGUACUAUAAGUAAGAUGAUUCCGUUGUUUAGAUGCACGGAACUUCUGAAACUGCGAUGUUGAUUUUUUUUUUGGGGGGGUGGUAACAUCGGAAUUAAUAUUAAUAAUAAUAUAGGCUAUAUUUAUUGCGCACAUAUCCACCUUGUAAGGUGCUCAAUAAUUAUUGACAUUUUACAACUUACACAUCAUACUAAAUGCCUAGUGACACACAUAUCUAAUUCACCCGAAGAAACCAUGUGGAUGGAAUCCAUACUUCAUCAUUAGUCGUUGCUAUGACUGACAAUCCUAUAGAACAAGCUUUACGGUUGUCAACCUUUAUUCAAGAAGAUAGAAACGAAAUGUCAACGGACGUGAUUACAAUAAAAGUGCUCAGUUCAUUUGAAAUAGGUUCCACGAAGAAUUCGUGGAAAAGGACACCUUAUUUGAGCUCAAAGAAAUUCAGCCGGAAAAUUGAGAACUCAAAUAUUAUAUGAGUAUUUAAGCGUUCUCUGAUCACAUGCGUUUGAUGAUUCUCAUUUACGCCACUCUCCGCCACGCCAUCACAAUAGCAAGAUGUUGCCACCUCACAAAGUAAAGGUUGUUCUCUGUCUAGCAGCUCUUGCUUGUAUGGUAGUAGUAUCAAUCUUCACAUCAUUGACAACACCAUCUGUUCAACAUAUGAUUAAAAGCAGAUAUGACGCGCUUUCAAGGAUACAUCAUCCAGUGUUUUUGAAAGGGAUGGCGUCAUCUACAGCUCACUCGCCCGUAAUUCAUCCUACGAGAUCGAACUCGACUAUGAUGCUGACAUCGAACGAUGAAGUUAACGCAUCUGAAUUCAUGAACAUCCAGGCCGACAUUCAAAGGCGCCGUAGAAAGCAUUUAGCAGAUGUAUGCUCUGCGAAUGGUGUCCACGAGGUAGCGGGCUCCCAAGACAGUCAUUUCAUCGUCGAUGAGAAAUACAAGCUCGUCUAUUGCUAUGUUCCCAAGGUGGCUUGCACUAGCUGGAAGCGAGUCUUUCUUGUUUUAAAUGGUGUCAUGAAACGUCCUGAUGAUCUGCCACAAACUCAGGUCAAUAAUGUUAUCGGACCUCGUAAACUCUCAUUUCUUUCGUCUUACAACAAGAGCAAGAGAGCUGAAAUCCUAAAGAGCUACACCAAAUUUUUGGUGGUUCGCCACCCGUUUCAUCGUGUAUUAUCUGCCUUUCAGAAUAAAUUAUGGGCAGGCUCCACUUCGAAAACAUCAAUAAUAUUUCAGAAAAAAAUUGGUUUGCAUAUCUUGGAAGGAUACAGAACAAGUACUUUAUUGAAUAACAAGAGUGGGAGCGUCGAGCAAAAAACGAUCGUCAAUAAACACGGAGAUGAAAUCAAAUAUGAUCUCCGAUUUGAUGAAUUUGUGAAAUUUUUAACGACGAAGACAGAGAAACCAUCACUUCUCAAGAAUAGUCAUUGGGGUGAGAUCACGCACAGAUGCAAACCUUGUGACAUCGACUACGACGUUAUCAGCCAUUUCGAGACCCUGGUUGACGACGCUCUUUACAUUCUUCGUCGUGUUCAUGCUGACCAUGUCGUCAAGUUUCCAUCUUCGAAUGGGAGUAGUCCGACCAACAGUUCAUCAAAGUCUCUUUACCAGUCUUACUACGCUGAUAUUCCUCAGGAUGAUUUACACAAACUUUAUCAAAGAUAUCGUCUCGAUUUUGAAUUAUUUGGAUAUGAAAAACCUGAUAGUGUUUUAUAAGAAUAACUUUGAACAUUUUGGAACACAGAAUAAAACCGGUCAGCAAAAAAUAAACCAUAUAUAUGUACAUAUUAGGCAUAUAUAUUUCUUGUUGUUUCGUCUGGCAAUGCUCUGACAAGCUUUCAGCUUGUCAAAAACCAGAGUUUUAAUAAAAUCAUAAAAAUUUGUCUGUUGAACUAGACAUCAACAAAUAUCGUGUAUUGAACGGGUCUUUUCAUUAUUUUCACCCAAACUGUAUUGAUUUUCUGUUAUAGUGCUGGUACUCGGAUGUCUGUCGUUUGCUCUCACAGUUGGCUAUUCGUAGCAUCAGCAGCAGCAUAAUUGAAUCUUAGAGACAAUACGUGAAUAGCUAGUAAAACCGUGCCAAAUAAAUUUUCUUACUCGUGAGUUUGAACUAUCAAGUACGCUUUCUUUCCUUUUUAUUUUUUUUUUCAUUUUGUAACUUUUGGAAAAGCAUAAGAGGCGAUUGCCCCCUUGCCGUCGCUCAUGAAGAAAAAAAAUCACACUAUAUGGACAUUACAAAGAUUACCGUCGUCCCGCUGACAAUGACCAUUUGCAUGAUGGAUUUAAUGUGGAUCUCAAUGGACAUUCCAAUCAUUCAAAUCACUUUUGGCCAAAAUUACUUGUCAUUUUUUAAUUAUGAUCGCUUAAACAUGUUACUCUUCACCCAUAAUUUGUGUUUCUUUCAUGCACAAAAAUGAUGUUAAUACAAAGGUAGAAAUAACCUUUAUCAGAAUUAGAACAUUGGUAAUAUCUAUUACCCACUUCUUCGAAAUUAUUAAUGAAAUAUCAAGUAAAGCACCAAAUGGAUACGCCAACCCACUAUAUUUGAUUAAUUAAGACACUCAUCUCUCUAUAUAUAUAUCAACAAUAAUGAUUAUUCAACGCAUUAUGCAGGCUUCAUAAACAUUCAUGAUUGAGUAACUACACGAACAAAGCAGCGUCAUGCAGUUUUCAAUAAAACAUCAACCAAUAUUUUACAUGGAUCAUGUGUUUACAGUGUACACAGUUGAUAAUGAAUAUCAUAUUGUCAUUCAAGCGUAUUUCGCAAAGCUUCAAUAAUCAUUACUUAUUUUUCAUUCUUUCCGAGAGAUGAGAUUAUAUGCUUUCGGUCAAUGAUUCUGACUUAUUUCCUAUUUUUGCGAGAGAAAAGAUGAUGUGUUUUCAUUUGAUAUUCAAUUCUUUUAGGAUUUCAAUCACUACUUGAGUUCGGAUAUAUUUCAGAAAUGAGCUUGUUUCCUUGUUUUGUACUAUAUCAAAGAAACCACUUCUGGGGAGUGUUGAUUACAUUAACAUUUUUGUCUAACUGGUUGUCAGAUCUGACAACUUUCCUAUAUUUCAUUUGAAUGACAAACAGCAUGAACAGUCUUACUAUCAUUAAUUGUUGGAUAAAACAGACUUAGUCGGAUAAAAAUGCCUGACAUGUUUUUCCAUGAAACGGUUCCAUGAACAUGAUGGCUCAGUGGAAGGGCGCCCGCCUCAUUCAUAAACAGGAGGUCAUAGGAUCGAUCUUGCCAGGCGUUUGGCAUGAUAUUAGUAUAGAAUGGAGAAGAAUAAUAGUGUAGUGUAUAGAAUUAUGCAAUUCUCGCUAUGUGACAGAUAUAUAUAUAAUUCUAAUAUCAAUGGAACCAAAUAUUGCACAGACUGAUGUAGAUAAUUCUAAUAUUAAACAGUAGGUGUAUCUUUUAAAAGGACAGAAUUUGCAAAACUAGAGAUAUUUAAUGGUUGUAUGAAAUUAAUAAUAUAUAACUGUGAGGCUUUAUCUAUGAAUAGUUGUCUACCAUCCCGGUCAUUUAAACUUAAUCAUAGUCCCAUGUGUAAAGUUAAAUGGAAAAUUAGAUUGAAUAAUUUUUUUUCAGAUUGCAGUACUCACAUAAAAUUUUCUUAAAUGACAGUAUAUAUAGGGUCUCGGUUUGAUUAUUUGGGGACUACCUUACAUACAAUUAAAACCCUAAAUUUAUCUUCACAGUCUGUCCUGAAAAGUUAGAGUAAUUUUAGAUUAAAACUAGAAAUUUAAUUCGUCAUGAGGACGAAAUCGGUGAUCUGUCUCUUGAUUCUCGCGUAUUGUGAUCACGAUUUUCAUGCAGAUCAAAUUUUGUUUUCGUCAUUAUACGCGCGCCCAAGGACAAUGUUAAGAUGUCUCACAAUCUGAGUUUGUUCUUAAUCUACAUUUGCGACAAUGGUGGUUCCAUAAUAUACCCGAACUGCACAAUUUGCAUGAUUGGGAUAUAUUUUGUCAGAAUGCCACUCCACUAUAGCAUAUAAUAACAUUUUAGGUUACACAGAGCUCGUUGGAAUACCAGUAAAUAAAGCUACAAAGAGGAAAUCUGAGAUGUUAUUAUUGUUUUUCAUCAUUAUUGAACGCCGACUAUUCUUUGACAACUCUUUUCAUAACCGUUGUAUCAUCAAUGACAAUUAUAUUGGAGUGUCCUUCAACAGUGGCACGAACAUGUCUUUGGAUUGUAUUCAUUAUUCUGCAUGUAACAUCAAGAUCAAAUAUGAAAGGAAUCAGGUGAAAAGUUUGGCGAUGUUAAUUACAUUCGACUUAAAUUGAUAGUUGGCCAUAAAGUGGGAAUAGAAUUGUCAUUUCUCAAAACUUGAUUGACGUUUCCUGUAAACUCAAGUGUUAUUUUGACAGCUCUCUGAAUAGUAAUUAACAGCAGUUAUUAGAUUGACUUUUACCAGUCUCCAUAUAGCCAGUUCGUUGUGAACUUACUUCUGUUAUCCUGCGUGUAUUGAACUACUGUAGAAUAUUUACAUCUAUAUCUGAAGUACCUAACCAAUCACAUGACUGGAUGAAAGUGAAAAUGAUGAUGAUAAUAAUAAUAAUAAUAACAAUGAUAAGAUAAUGACAAUGAUAAUAAUGGUAAUAAUAUCAAUAAUAAUAAUAAUGAUAAAACAUGUUUGAGAUUAAUCCGUUUGCAGUAGAUUGACAAUUCUUUAAAUCUCUCUGUGAUAAACAUCAAACUGCAAUUAACCACCCUUCAGUUAAAAUUGUUCUAUAUUUGAUAUGAAUCUCAUCACAUGCACUUACUUACACAGUUCAAACGUUGAUGAUAUUGAGAUGAAUCAUGACUAGCGACCCUCAUCUACUAUUAUGACCGGCGAACCUCUUCUACUAUCAUGACUAGCGACCCUCAUCUACUAUUAUGACCGGCGAACCUCUUCUACUAUUAUGACUAGCGAACCUCAUCGACUAUUAUGACUGUCGACCCUGUACUAUAAUGACUGUUAUUCAUCGAGAUUAGUUAUGCAUGUAAUAAACAUGUUAUCAAAAUAUUUCAUCAUGUUUUUGUCAUGAAACUCUUUCUUUCGUAUUUCGGUUCGGGGGAAAUUCUGUGGACGAAGAAAAAUUGAAAUCAAUUUGUCUAGAAUGAGCUUAGAUUAAAGUAAACUAUCAUUGUUUGGCCAAAAAAAAUCUUCAUGUUAUUUCUUAUUGAUAUGAGGCAAGUUCAUAAUAAAAAAAAUGAUGAAAUUAAUAAUCUCAGUUAUCUUUUACUAUUUUGCUGUUUUAGAUUUGUAUUAUUGAUUGCUGCAAAAAAAUGUUGUGAAGAUAUCAUAUACGAUCCGGACCACCCCAAACUAUCAAUCUUCUAAUUGAUUGGUUUGACAAAGUUUCCUCUUUGAAAGUUGAUAAUUUUUGUAUUUUUUGAGAGGCAUAUACCUCUUUUGAGCUUCAAUCCUCAGUGUUAUAUAAUCAACACAUCUUUAUCGACAAUUAACGUUCCAUAGCCUAUAAUCCAUCAAUCAAUGCAUAAGUGGCAUUGGCCUAUAUGCAAUAAGAAAAAUAAAUAUAAUAGGGGGAAAUGUAAGUGCGAAUGAUGAAUUUGGUAAUUAUUUAAACGACAUGGAGCACUUCCCGUAUAACAAGCCGACCUCAUGUCAACAUUUUACAAGUGUUUGUUGUGUGUGGUUUUAAGAGUGGAUGGUUGAGGUGAGGAGAGAGAGAGGGGGGGGGGGGCUAGAGAAUCUCCACUCCAGUUUCAAAACGGCGUCAUCGUAUAAUCAAAUUAGAGAAAUGUGACGCCAAUGUGAACACAAGUUCGAACUAAUAACCCAACGCUUUAAUUCUGCCUUCGAAAGUGGAACAGUUAUACGAGGUCCCCAACAUUUUAAUAAAUGUGAACCUGUUUUUACUCUUUUAAUGAGUAUAAACAUUAAUCAAAAUCGACUUGAGAUACAGUCAAACUAUGAAGAAAUUCCCAUCAAAUUGGGAUGAAAUUAUUAUUUUUGAUUUCGCCGUCAUUGUGUUUAAUAUAAGUUUAAUAAAGUGAAUGGAAUAAUCAUCUAAACAUAAUGGCUGACAGUUUGAUGAAUAGAUUAUAGGAUAAGAAGGAAAAAAAAGAUUAAACUCGGCAAAUUAAUAAUAAUAAUAUAAUAAUAAUGUAGCGCAUAAUAAACUGAAAGUUUCUAUAUAUGCGCUUUACAAUAAAGGAAACAAAAUACAUAUGGUAAGUUUACCAACAAAGAAAUAGACUUUUGAAUUACAGAUUUACUUAACAUUUCAACUUGCACUUGUUACCAAUAAAAUAUUUACCAAUACUACACCUAGUUAUGAGUUUAGGAAAAUAUGAGUUUUAAGUAAGGGCUUGAAAGUCGAAUAAUUGGAUGCUUGUCUGAUAUGUAGGGGGUAAUUUGUUCCAAAGGGUCGGUCCAGAUAUAGCAAAUGAUUUACUUCCAUAAAAGCAUGUAUGGGUCUUGGGAUUCUGCAGAAGUACUUGCUUGCUUAUCGAAGGUUACGAGAUGGGUUAUAAUCAUUUAGUAAAAUGGACAAGUAUGAUGGAGAUAAUAAGCCAUGCUGAGCUUUAAAAACUAAACAAAGAAUCUUAAAUGUGAUGCGCUUUUCGACAGAAAGCCAAUGUAAUUUCUUUAGGGUACUGGGAAUGCUAGGUACGAGUUACUAGCCUAGCUGUAAUAUUCUGCAGCAUCUAUAUAUAUAUAUACAAUGUAUGUCGUUUUGGGGAAGAUCAAAUAACAAGCUUUGACAUGAGUCGAUUCGACAAAUGCACGAACCACGUUUUUGUUGCCUCUUUAUUCGGAAACCUUCUUAUUCGACUGAUACAUCUGAUUGCUAUCAUGGCAGAUUUGCAGAUUCUAGCAUUGGCAGCAGGAGCAACAUGAUUAUUGCCAACCCUAACAUCAAUCAGACUUAUUUCUGUACGAAACUUCGAAGUGAAAUGUAUAAGUUCAGUUUUUUCAUCAUUAAGAAACAGCCUAUUUUUGGUUACCCAACUUCUAAUAUCAACGAUGCAUGCUAUCAGGCGGGGGGGGGGGGGUCAAUUGAAACUUGGAGAUCACAUUGAUUGAAGAAAAUAUACAUUUGUGAGUCAUCUGCAUAUAGCAUUACAUCAACACCAUGAGAUCUAAUAAUGUCAUUGAUAGGGGUAGUGUAAGGGCAAUGAAGGCAGCAAUGAAAAAUAUCAUACAAGACUGGACUUUAUUUGAUUUUCCUUCCAGUUAAUUUAAUUAAUCUGCUUUCAUCUGGUCAUUAUGCAAAUAACUUAAGUGCUCUUAAGUGCCCCCGGACCUGCAACAAGUGUUAUGCAUACAAUUCACAUGCAGAAAAAAGGUCAUAAUUUCUGAAAUUAAUUCCGAGCAACUGUGUGUCGUUGUGACAUUUAGUGUGAGUGUGGAUGUGUAUCUACUAAGCAAAAAAAUAUCAACAACAACACACAAACAAACAAAAAACUUUUUUUGCGUAAAGGAUUACAAUACCAUAGUCAUGAUGAUUUAAAACGACUCAUAUCCAGAUAUGCAUACAAACAUAAUGAACAGGGAUUUAAGUUUAUAACGAUAUUGGUGAAAUCGAUUCAACAAUAAUGGUACUAUUAAAGGAAAAAUGUUAUUGGGAAUUCUUUUUGGAAAUAAUUUACCUAAAAUGUGUUUGAUGAUAUCUUGAAUGCACAAGAACAAUGUAUUUCAUCUCAUUUGAUAACAUUUUGCGAAAUUGUAUCGCAUUACAUUUUUUUGUGGGGGGGGGACUGAUCUCAUGUGGAUUUUAAAUACUUGAUUUUUCUUAUCUAUUUUUGCCAAAUUUUUUUCUGCAUUUCAGGGAGAACCUUCCCUCUGAUAAUAUAUUUCGUAAAAUGCGUCGUUAAAGGUGUCCAAACAAACGACCCCACCCUACUGGUCAAAAUAUUGACUGAACAAGACGGGAUGAGAUGUACCUUUGUUCCUACCCAAGGUUUAAGGGGGAGGAGCGUCCAAGGCGUUCUAGUAUCAUUAUUGCAGAAAAUUUGCUUGGAAAAUUUCAAACACUGAAUUGUUAAAAGACCGCCAUAUCGUUCUUGCUCACAAUAUAAAUACAUCAGACGUCAUAACUUAAAAAGUGUAUCGAGUUCAUUAUCUAAUAAUGAUUUAUGUUUUAUAAAACUGGUCAGCACUUAAAGGCGAGGAUCACUCUGAUUAUAAGUUAAAACUUGAAUAAUAGACAGAAUAUUGUUUAAAGUUCCGCUAAAGAAUAAUUAAGAUAUGAAUGUUUAAACUUUCUAUUUGUGACGUCACAAUUAAGUAACUCCUGCAUAUGUCUUAUGAUAUAAAUUUCCCCAAAACUGCAAUUUCCUUAAAAUAAAAAAAUAACAAUAACUUGAAUUUUAUGAAUAAAUCAUCAGACACAUUAUUCCAUACUUCAUUCUAUAAGAAAAAUGUUUUCUUCAUCAUUUUCCAAUAAAAAUUGAGUUUACAGAAUUUAUGCAUUACAUGUGGGGGGAGCUGCUUGCAAAUGACAUCAUAAAUCAAACAUUUUAAUUUUUUUUACCCUCUUUAGUUUUUCGAUGUAUUUUCAUCAAACCUUCGCGAAUACUUUUGAUAUCAUUAGUGUAUACUAAUGCACUGUAUUUCUCUUUAUGAUAUACAGUUGAUCCUGACUUGAUGAGCGUGAACAUUCCACAUCGUGCAUGAUAUCAUGCAAUAUUUAAUCAUGCCUAACUA